CUUGAACCCAUUCUAACCUUGUUUGUCUCAGACCUGCCCCCUUUCGCUUGAGAGCAUCAUAACGCGAUUCCCGUGCAGACCCGCGCUCACCAUGGCCAACCCCAAGUUUUGCCCCUUCAUGCGCCUGCCUCUCGAAUUACGGCAGCAGAUCUGGGAGAUGGCCAUCGAUCCGCGCGAGGUCGUCUUCGGCAGAUUGCACGACGACCAGCAAUGCCAAGUAGAAUGGUCACCGCCACCGCCUGUCCUUGCCGCCUGCGCUGAGUCGCGAUGCGACAUGCAGAGGUUCUACACCAAAGCCUUUCUCCGGCCCUUCCCCUACUCCCAAACACCGCCCAAGUACUGCUGGGUCAACUUUGACGUCGACACCAUCCACCUCGUGGACCACCAGCUCGAGGGCUUCAGCCACAUCCCGUCGAUACGGCAGCUAGUCCUCGAGACCCGAGGCGGGGGACACUUCGAGCGCGGCUACAGCCGGCCCUUUCUGCGUGCGGACCUCUCCCUGGAGAAGCUCACGAUCCUCGACCUGGGGGCCGCGCCGCCGGAGAGCUGGUGGUUCUCGUGGAUCUCGUACAUGGAGCUGUUCUAUUUCGGGUGCGACGCGGUCAGCUUCGACACGACGAUCGUGCACGACGGGCUGGAGCUGACCCGGGACACCUGGCUCAGCGUCGACCGCGCCUGGCGCAGGAAGAUGAUCCAGCAGAUCUUUGGGGAGUAUCUGGACCACCGGGAGUCGGAUGACGGGGUCUUGGCCGCGGAGGAUGACCCGAGGAUGAGCAUGUGUCGGCGGACGUGGCGGCAUGUGGAGUGGUGCACUUGCCCCAAUAAGCCGGCCCGGAGUGAGUGAGGUUGCAUGUGGGUGAAGCUUGGGUUGGUAUCGGAAGGUCGGUUGGACAAACAGGUCCAGGAAAUGACUACACUGCUAUUCUUCUUGCGAGACAAGGUUGCUUUCGAUGGUUAAAUUUGGUCGCCGGUACUUUGUCAUAUUAAUGUUACUGGAGUUGGACAGCGUUUUUCAGGGUUUGCGUAUUUACUACACAUCUGUAUCACAAUCCAAUGCUUAGAUACAAUCUCAUUACUACCACAUCCCAUCACA